AUGGUGAGACCUUAUGAUUUCAAAUUGACAUGGGCUAACUUAAUCGAGUUCGUAGUCCUUAUUUCUCGUGACCAAUCGGGUCAUGCCACACCAAUUGUCAUGGAUUUCACUCUUUUCAUGAGUGAUCUUAAAGGCACAGGACGCAAUGAAAUUGCCUUUGCAAAAUUCGAUAUAUGCGAUGUACUUAGAAAAGCUUACGUAAAAUUAAUAUUAGACUUCAAAGUACAAUUUUAG